UCUCCAGUCAAAACUGUAUCUUACUGGACUAGGUUUUAAAUUAAGAUCAAAUUCAUCUUUUAGAAGAAUAGUAGAUCUGCUAUGCAAAUGCAAUGGAAGUGAAGGUCACCAAACUGAAGACCCCUGAAGACUAUGACAGACUAAAGUCUUUGUCCAAAGAGUACUAUGACUCAGUCCCUGUUGGUCCCAUGUUUGGAAUCACCACUUGGAGGUCAGUAGAGCCAACCUACAGCCCUGACGGCUUUAUCAUUGUAGCAGAAGAUGGACAUGGAAACAUCAUCGGGUUUGCAGCCAGCAGAGUUCACGCGGCUGCGACCAUCACCAGAGAACCUGACUACUCUCCAGAGCAACUGGAGCUGGCAGAGUUCUUACAGUUUAUCACCAUCCAGGAGCAGGAGCUGUUGGAUAAAUUGCCGCAGAGGUGGAUAGAGCUACAGGAAUUGUUGGUGACAAAGGAAUGGAGGGGGCAAGGAGUGGCUCGUAGACUAGUUGAGAGAAGUAUGCAAGAAGCAAAGUCUGCAGGGUUCAGAGCUCUCACUAUGCGCUGCGUCAACGAGUACACUGCUAGACUCGCGAGGAGCCUCGGUUGGAAGGAGCAUUAUCAUCUAGCCUACAGCGACUAUCCCCGACUGCGUCAACGAGUACACUGCUAGACUCGCGAGGAGCCUUGGAUGGAAGGAGCAUUACCGUCUAGCCUACAGCGACUAUCCGCGACUGUCUGGGAGAAACGUUCAACUCAUCCCCAACCCUCCUCAUGAACACGUGACCUGCUACUACACAG